AUGCAUUUCGAGCAGUGCGAGGUCGACAUCUUAUAUCAGGUCCUGCAAGAGCAUACGGAGGGAGAGAGCUGGGUUUCCAUUCUCAAAAAGUACAACAGCCAAGUCCCCGAGAAGAGGAAGAGAUCAAGCAGCAGUCUUCAAGGCAAAUGCAGGUUGAUGGGUUUUAAAAUACCUGGGCGCCAGAAAAGAAAGUGUAAAGAAAGACAACGAUCCGAUAGAAGUGCCGAGCGUAGUCAGGAAACCAACCAUGCCGAUACUCCACUGUGGCAGCAGAAUGUGAGCGAACAAUUUUUGAACUCUCUCGCUCCAUUUGUGAGCUUACCACAACACUACAUUCAGCCUUGGUAUCCCCUUGGACCGGACGAGAAUGCUGACCACAUAUAUUGGGAUCCGCAUAUAUGGUCAACCGUACUAGACUGGUCCUCUUUCGAUGAGUAUCCAACCGGAAACGAUGUAGUAUUCCCUGCAGAGGUUGUCGCCGAGGCGGAUUAUUUUCCAAAGAAUCUGUCAUGUGACUGA